AUCAAUAGCUCUCAAAAUAACAGGAUCACAAUAUGCAGAAUCAAAAAUUCACUCCGUAGAAAUGUUUCCGAUUCAUCAAAAUGCGGAAGAAUAAAUCGGAGCUAUAUUAUUCGUGUUUACUACUCUUACUUGCAUUUUGGUCAUCAACAGAUGCCGAUAUUACCACCACAGAUGAAACAUCUACACUAACAAGUGCUAUCAAUCAAACUAUAGAAUCAACCUUAAGUUCCACCACAGAGACAAUAACAACAACAACUAAGGGACCUAACAGGACAGACUGGAGUCAUAUUACAAAGUGCCCUAGUAACGUACAGUGCAACUUACUUGGUCCUGAUUGCAUAGAAUGUCCAGGUUACACCAUAAAUUGUAUAUAUGGAGAUGAGGUUGCUGUCACCUGUACUGCUAAGCCUGGCUUGAACUGCACUGGACCAGAGCAAUUUGAGAAGAGACCCAUAUGCAGAUUCUGCUACCAGACAGAACCAUGGGAACAUACUUGUACAGACACUACCAACUGUAAAGUUGUCAAUACAACACGCACCAGCAACCCUAGGGGUGUCUAUAUAUCUAACUGCACAGUCAAACAACACAUUUUAUGUUUAGGUCACAGAACUUUUAAGAAAAGAAGAAAAUGCAACUGGACCUCAGGGUAUAGAUGGUCAACAACUUUAAUUCUCAGUGUAACUCUUGGAGGAUUUGGAGCGGAUCGUUUCUAUCUUGGCCAAUGGAGAGAAGGAAUAGGGAAGCUAUUCAGUUUUGGUGGUCUUGGCGUAUGGACAUUAGUUGAUGUUAUCCUGGUUGCAGUGGGAUAUGUUGGACCACAUGAUGGAACAUUGUACAUCUAUUAGGCUUUCACUCUGGUACACGUUCUAUAUGACACAGAAAUAAACUACUAGGAUACUAGAUAGUGGG